AUGGCAGAAGCGCUGUCAAUCCGAUCUGCCCUCAACCAUGCAUUAGAGAAUCGAUUCACCAAUCUGAUCCUCAAAUCUUACGCUCAGAACCUUGUUCUAACUUUACACUCGCAAGAGCCCAUCAAGGAGAUCUAUGGACUCCUUUUUGACAUUCAUGCUCUUCCAUCACUCUUUAGCUCCAUCUCUUUCUUAUUCAUCCCAAGAUCGCAGAAUGCUAAAGCGGACUCUCUCGCUAAGUCAGCGAAGAGUCAACUUACCCAUGUAUCAGUUCCCGGUUAA